AUGAAGGCUCAGCAUUCCCUUCCCCUUUCCAUGUCUACCCUUUUCUUCCUCUGCCUGCUCCGGUUCACGUAUCUUGUUUCCGCCCAAGGCAGCGACUUUCCGUCAUCUGCUUCUCCAAUUGGGCCUUAUGUACCUCCCGACAUCUAUCUCAUAGAUUGCGGUUCUCCUCAACAGACCAAGCUCGAUGAUGGGAGAAUCUUCCUAUCUGAACGCGAUACAUCUCCUCUCUUGAGAACCAAGCAAGACGUACUAGCUCAGGUAGAUUCCCUACCCAGCAGCGUCUCUUCUUCUAGCCAUCCAGCUUCUUUGCUUCCAUUGUACCGCACGGUGAGGGUAUUUCCCGAUGAAGCCAUUUACACGUUCAAGGUUUCUCAUGCGGGCCUCCAUUGGGUCCGUCUCUACUUCCAUCCGAUUCCUUGUCCAACUUAUAACCUUGUAAACGCUGUUUUCACGGUCACAGCCAAUGAACUAGUUCUGUUGCAUGACUUCAGCAUGACGGAUAUUUCUAAAUUGGUGUUCAAAGAGUACCUCAUCAGUGUUAAUUCAACAGAUACAGUGCUCCUCAAAUUUUCAUCUGAAAAGUCAUUUUCCUUCGUCAAUGCUAUUGAGUUUGUGUCGGCACCAGACUCGCUCAUUUCUGAUACUGCGACUGCAGUUCUUCCACUUGGUGAGUUCACUGGUUUGACUACCUACGAUUAUGAAGUAACAUACCGGCUGAACGUUGGAGGGCCCACUGUAAGUCCUUCUAACGACACACUAUUUAGGACAUGGCAGCCAGACAAUGCAUAUAUGACUUUCGCAGAAGGAGCUCAAAACGUCUCUGUACCUUUUGACGUAAUCAAGUAUCCAAACCCAGGAGCCACAGCAUAUAUUGCUCCAUACUACGUCUACGCUACAGCAGACCAAAUGGCAGAUUCCGGGGUAAAUCAGCAGAAUUUCAACCUAACAUGGAAGAUGAGUGUUGAUCCAAGUUUCUCAUACAUGAUAAGGAUGCAUUUCUGUGAUAUUGUGAGCAAAAGCCUCAAUCAACUGUACUUUGACGUGUACAUCAAUGGUUUGAUGGGUGCAUCCGGUCUUGACCUGUCAUCCCUCACGGGAGGCCUAGCAAUACCUUACUAUAAAGACUUCGUGCUUGAUGCCUCAGCAAUAAGAAAUGGCUCCAUUAUGAUUCAACUCGGUCCAGCAGUCGACCCAAGCUCGCCAAAUGCGAUCCUUAAUGGGAUCGAAAUCUUUAAGAUAAGCAACCCUGCCAAAAGCCUGGACAGUGAUCUGGCAGCUGGUUCCUCCUUGGGACCAGGACCUCGAACAAACAAGAUGAAGAUUUUCGCGGCCAUUGCCCUUGCAACUGGAAUAACAGCCAUGUUCUUGUUUGCCAAGAGUUUUCUUUGGAAGAAGAAGAAGAAGCCUCAAACUUGGAAACAUGGGAAGAGCUUCUCAUCAUGGUUCUCCCCUCUCAAUAACAGCAAGGCUCAUCUCUUGUCCAGUAGAACCAGCUACAGAUCAAGCUUCCUCAGCUCCAGCAAGAGCAAGAGUGGUUUCUCGAGCUUUUUUGCAAGUGCCGGUUUUGGCCGAACAUUCACCUUCAAAGAAUUACAGGAAGCAACGCAAAAUUUUGAUGAGAAGGCAGUCAUUGGAGUUGGCGGGUUUGGCAAAGUCUACCUUGGAGCUUUGGAAGAUGGAAAAAAAGUUGCAAUCAAGCGUGGAAACCCUUCAUCACAGCAAGGCAUCAACGAGUUCCAAACAGAGAUACAGAUGCUCUCCAGGGUCCGGCACCGUCACCUCGUUUCACUCAUUGGAUAUUGUGAUGAGAACUCGGAAAUGAUUCUUGUGUAUGAAUACAUGGCAAACGGACCCCUCCGGGACCACCUUUAUGGUUCGAGCCUUCCCCCACUUUCAUGGAAACAGAGGCUCGAGAUCUGCAUUGGUGCAGCCCGGGGUUUGCACUAUCUCCACACUGGUGCAGCCCAAGGCAUCAUACACCGUGAUGUGAAGACAACAAAUAUUCUCCUGGACGAGAAUUUUCUAGCCAAAGUUUCAGAUUUCGGGUUGUCUAAAGCAGCACCUAAUUUGGAUCAAACCCAUGUGAGCACGGCUGUGAAGGGUAGUUUUGGUUACCUUGAUCCCGAGUACUUUAGGCGACAGCAACUCUCUGACAAAUCUGAUGUCUACUCUUUUGGAGUAGUGCUUUUCGAGGUGCUAUGUGCAAGACCAGCCAUAAAUCCUGGAUUACCAAGAGAGCAGGUCAGCUUGGCUGAGUGGGCAAUGCAGUGGCACAGAAAGGGGAUGCUUGAGAAAAUAAUCGAUCCUCACAUUGCAGGAAAAAUAUGCCCCCAAGCACUUAAGAAGUAUGCAGAAGCUGCAGAGAAAUGUCUCGCAGAAUAUGGUGUUGAUAGGCCUGCAAUGAGUGAUGUUUUGUGGAACCUCGAGUCAGCAUUGCAGCUUGAAGAGGCCUCCGGCUCCUCUGGUCAUGAUCCCCCAGGGGGAGGAUUGCAAGUCUGAGAAGCCCAGAAUACGAGAGAUGCUGCUUCUAU